CGUUUUAAAACGGAGCACAUUAAGUGUUUUUUUUUUUUGUGCAUUUUGUGGAAUUAUGUUAACGUGAUAUGAAAGUAAAGGGCUUUGUUUCUAUAUCCGUAUAGCUUCACGUUUUUAGAUGGAGUAUGUUGGUUGUUUUGGCUGCCAGAGCAAGUCUACCUCAGAAAAUAACAGUCAUUUGGACUAUAAGGAGAAAUCGUAGGCUCUUUAAGAGUAUAUUUUGGGUUUAACUUCUGUAUGGGAGGUUUGUCAUGUUUGGUUGAGUCGAGUGGUCUGUAGCUACUCUCAGCACAUGACUUCUGAGAAGCUACCAUGGACCACGCAAGGUCGACAAUAUCCAAAAUUUUCAAUGGAGAGCCUCGCUCAUACACACGCUUCAACCUGACGCAGAACAUGGAGGGUGAGAACAGCCAGGUGGAGAUGAAGCUGUCGUCCGACAUGGACGAGGAGGUGGGCGGCAAUGGCGUGGGGGAGGACCACAACCAUGCCAAGGAACCCUAUGUGGUACACAGGCCGGCCGGGCGCACGCCCAAGAGCGUCUGCUUCAUGGUGGCCACCAUACUCCUCAUCUUCAUCAUCAGCUAUCUGAUUGGCUACCUGUCCCAUCGGAAGAAAGAGUUGGCUCCUCCCAGCUGCUCUAGGUCCACCUUUGAAGAAUCCAUUACCCAGGGUUCUGUUAAGAUGGAGGCGGACCCUCUCAUGGACUGGAAUGACGUGAAGAGACUGCUGGAUGAGAAGAUGAGUGCCUCCAGCUUCGAGAGCGCCUUCAGUGAGUUUGCUAGUGAAAGCCAUCAGGCAGGCUCUGCUGGAGACACUGUGCUGGCCAAGAAGGUGCUGGGAAGGUUCAAAGAGUAUGGAAUGUAUACGUGGACUGACGAGCACUAUGUCAAGCUUGUGGAUCCCCCUGCAUCUGGCUCCAACAAGGUGACCUUCAAAGGGUCUGAUCUUGGAACACUGAGGGGAUAUCUGGCCUACAGCAAAACUGGAACAGCAAAGGGCGCAGUACUUCACGGCAACUACGGCCAGAUGGACGACCUGAGGAAACUGCAGGAUAAGAACAUUGCCUUGGACGGGAGGGUCCUUCUGGUCAGAUCUGGGAAAAUAAGCUUUGCUGAGAAGGUGGCCAACGCUGCCAAGCUGAAUGCCUCUGCUGUUCUCAUCUACCCUGCUGACGACAGAAGGAUCGGAGGGUCCACUCAGCUCUUUGGCCAUGUCCAUCUUGGCUCUGGCGACCCUUACACCCCUGGGUUCCCCUCCUUCAACCAUACCCAGUUUCCCCCUGUCCAGUCCUCAGGCCUCCCCAGCAUCCUGGCCCAGACCAUCACAGUCAACAUGGCCACCACUAUCAUGAGGGAAAUGGAAGGGAAAAGCGCCCCUACAGGUUGGGGAGGGGUAGGAAAACUGGGAGAUAAUGACGAUAUGGUCACGGUGGAGGUCAACAACGUCCUGGCUGAGAAGUUGAUCGUCAACGUGUUUGGAGUCAUCAAAGGCUUUGUGGACCCAGAUCGUUUUGUGGUUAUGGGUGCUCAGAGGGAUGCCUGGGGUCCAGGCUUCGCCAGCUCCACAGUGGGCACCAGUGUGUUGGUGGAGUUGGCCCGCACCAUCUCAGACAUGGUGAAAAAUGAUGGCUUCAAGCCCAGGAGGAGCAUCGUUUUUGCCAGCUGGAGUGCUGGAGAGUAUGGGAGUGUUGGUGCCACCGAGUGGUUGGAGGGUUAUUUGUCUUCUCUGAACAUGAAAGCCUUCUCUUACAUCAACCUGGAUGGAGUUGUAACAGGUUUCCCAACAUUCAAAGCCUCGGCCAGCCCUUUAAUGAACACACUCAUCCAGAGAACGCUACGGGAGGUGAACACUCUCAGUGACUCCAGUACACUCUACUCUGCAGUCCCCGGGCUCAACUGGGAGGCAGCAGUCAUGGAGCCUCUGAGGCUGAAUGAUCCCGCUUAUCCCUUCAUCACCUUCUCCGGCAUCCCAUCCGUCUCAUUCCGUUUCACCACAGAGGGUGAGGAAUACCCAUUCCUCGGGACACUGGAUGAUACACGCGACAAGCUGUAUGGUGCCACGUCCAACCAGGUAGCCAAGCUGGCGGUGUCCGCAGGGCAGUUUGCCGGGAGAAUAGCCCUGCGGCUGGUCCACGACCACCUGCUGCGCCUGGAUGUGGAGAAAUACACCCGCCAGAUCCGCACCCACGUGUUCGCCAUUAACUCCAAGAUCAAAACAGUGCAGAGUAUGCAGCCCCAGCUGUUGCCUAAGUCGCUGUCUGUCCAGUGGCUGAUAUCUGCGACGGGCUCCUACAGCCGAGCCGCCAGUAGCCUGGCCACUGAAAUCGAUAAUAGUAACCUGGAGGACGCAGAGCUGUGCCGGAACAUCAACGACCGCAUCAUGAGUGUGGAGAGGGACUUCCUGUCCCCAUACGUGUCUCCCAGAGAGGCCCCGUUCCGCCACAUCCUGGUGGGCUCCGGCUCCCACACCCUGAAGGCUCUGUCAGACCACCUGGACGCCCUGCAGAUUGACCACUCAGACGCCAACGCUGAUCUGUUCCGGAUUCAGUUUGCUUUGGCAACCUGGACCAUCCAGGGCUGCGCCAACUCACUGGCGGGGGAAGUCUGGUCCACAGAUAACAUGAUCUAAGCCGGUCUCGACAUGUCCUAUUAAACAAAACACCCAAUAUAGCCAUCGCUCAAGGCACCCUCAGUUAGGUUCAACCAUUCAGGAAAAUUAAAUGGAAGUGUUCUGUAUCGAUAUCAAUAAAUCAACCUUUUUUUUUUUCAUAUGCAUUGCAACUCAUCAGUACGAUAUGCUGUACUUUACCUUCCGCACAAGGCCCCAAAAAAUGACACUUAAAUUCAACUGCCUUAAAUUUCACUUGUUUGUGAAAUUAGUGAAAAGCCAUUUAUCACUCUUGCGAGGGGAAAAAAAACUGAAAUGCAUUUCUUAACGCCGUAUUUGAAUUUAUAUUGGUGCUAAAUACGAAUGACUAAUGGCCUAUGUCACAGUACUUACUAGUAUGGCAAUAACACAGUUUUGGCCCAAUAUCCAAGGUCACAAACACCUAAAUUGUGUGUGUAAACUCAAGAGGUACUUUGCGAUUACAACAGAAAGGUUAUUAUGGUACUAUUACCACCCAUGAACAAAAUUACAAAAAAAUAAUUUACAAUCGGAGACCGCUGUUAUUUCUACACUGUUACUUUACAUUGGAUUCAAACCUGGGCUGUUUUUUAUAGAGAUUAAGGUGCUGAAAACUUUAGAACAAAGACCUGGUCUGAGAGCUGUUGCCAAAUGGGUCUAAAUUUACAUUCAGUUCAGAAAGUAACACAGAAUAGAUCGUUAUCAAUAAAAGGUCACUAUUGGAUUUGCUUGCUUGGCGGCGAGGAGACCACCGCUCUGCUAAAACCAUGGGCAACUGCGUGCCCUUUUUUCAAGGGAUUGUUGAAUCAAUUUUUAACUAUUUGGUUGUAAUAUAAUCCCCCUCCUUGAAGAGCAUAGUCAGAACUUACAAAAGUACAUUUUUAUUUUAUUUCUCCCUUGCAACCAAUUGAGCACAUUUGAACUCUGUUUGCAUACAGCAUGUAACUGCAUGCUUUUCAUGACCAGUAAACGUAAUUUCAGAUACAUGAGGGCAAGCCUCUCAACAUCCCUCAAUAUUGGCCACCAUUAAUUCGAUAUUUUAAGUGCAAAAAAAAAAGUUAGCCACUCAUUCUUGUCAUGUUGUUAAGGUUAAUUUCCCCAUCUUUUGUGGCCUCUGCUUGUCAAGCAGCAGAAGGGUACAUUUGCAGGUGUAAUGUGUACGUUGCAAGCUACCGGUCGGAGGUUUGUACAGUUGGCUAAACGUGUGUGUGUGUGUGUGUGUGUGUGUGUGUGUGUGUAUGUAUAUACACGCGCACACACACACACACACACGUUUAGCCAACUGUACAAACCUCCGACCGGUAGCUUGCAACGUACACAUACAUAUAUAUACACAUAUAUAUGUGUGUGUAUAUGUGUAUAUAUAUAUACACACACACAUAUGUAAUGUGUACGUUGCAAGCUACCGGUCGGAGGUUUGUACAGUUGGCUAAACGUGUGCGUAUGGAUGUGUGUUUAGCUCUUUCCUAAAGCCUAAUCUCUGAUGAAGCAAGCUAAAUGAGUUUUAGCUAGCUACAUGCCAAAUGGCUAGGCUACCUUCCCUCACGUAUCUUAAACGACAUGAUACAUGGAUGUUUACUUGCAAUGAGAAAGCAUGCAGUGACUGCUAAAUGUGAAAUAAUCAUGAAUGUGGUAUUCUGACUAUGCUCUUCAAGAAGUGGUGAUAUUAUUAACCUAAAUAGUUAUAAUAUUGAUUUAACAAUUCCCUUAAACGGCACAUAUAGUUGUCAAUGGUUUUAGCGACGCUGCACUCAAAUCGAAUGCUUCGCCACAUUUGACACACUAUUGAUAACGACCUGUUGACCUGACCCUUCACUGAGCCCUGCCUGCCUUGGUUACUGUUGCCACCGGGAAGCCCAAUUCUCCAUUCAACCACUGUUGAAAUCCCCUCACAAUGAUCUCAAACUGUGUUUUCGAAUACACAAUGAAAUUAGACUGACUGUGACUACCCCUGUUGUGGUUGCCUGCCAUUACAAUUGCUUCAGGGGAACCUGGUAAAAAAAAAUUGUACUUUAGCUAGCCACUGAAUGGCUCUGAAAUCAUUGUCGGCAUGCAGUUAAAGCUAUAAUCACUUUUGGUGCCCUCAAACCAUAUCCUGAUGUCGACAGCAGUAUAAGCUAAAAACCAAGCUAGCUAGCUAAAACAAUUUAGCUAGCAUUAGCAAGGUUGGUGGUCAGCGACAGAGCUAGCUAAACUAGCAAACAAAAUUUAUAUAAUUUUGGAUUUAAAAAAAAUACUCCAACAGGGUCUAUAUUUCAGGAAUCACAGUAGCAAGUAUUCCUGGUGCAUAUUUCAAAUAUUUAUACAUUUGAAUAAAGUUUGAAAAACUAUUUUUUUGCCAUAGAUGGGUUGGCGUGGCUUAGCGAAGGGUCAUUUGAACCAUGUAAAGUGAGACCAUCUAACCUAGUUACUGAUGUUCAGUUGUCCUGAGACCUAAAGGCUCAAGCCCUUUGUUUUUUACGCCUCAAGCAACAUGUACCUUACACCACGCUUAUGAGCUCUUUCAAAAUGGCCUCCUGCUGACAUGAAUACAAUAGCGAGGACUUUUAAACCUGGGGCGAAAGGGUCUUCACCACAUGGCACUGAAAAGGUCUAUUUAUUUCCUUUGUUUAUUUAUCAGUGACAGGGUUCACUAUAAAUGGUGUGUUUUUUUUAAUAACUACUUUUUAAACAUGUAUAAUUAUCGGGAGCAGUGUCUUCCAUAAUUAUGACAGUAAUACUGUCGAAAUGACAAAGCAGCAUCUGCUAUGGAAGUGUACCUGUCAGACCGACUAACCCAUACUAGAGACCAGCCCAUACUUCAGUCCAUUCAGUCACCUACUUCACAACCGACUGCGAGUUAGCCGUUAAUAUAUUCCCGAAUUACAUCUCAAACAGAUGUUCAAAAUACAUUGAAAACAGCACAACCAAAGUUUGUUUCCUAAAAAAAUUAAUAAAUAAUUGAACCGUUAUUUCACUCGGCAAUCAGUUAAGAAGAAAGUAUUAUUCAUAAUGACGGCCUACCCCGGCCAAACACUAAUGACGCUGGGCCAAUUGUGCGCCACCCUAUGGGACUCCCAAUCACGGCCUGUUGUGAUACAGCCUGGAAUCGAACCAGGGUCUGUAGUGACACCUCUAGCACUGAGAAGUAAUACCUUAGGCCGCUGCGCCACUCAGGAGCCCAAAUUGCCUUUUUAGAUUAACACAAAACUCAAGGCGGUUUCUAGUACAGGUCUCUUGGUGAAUGUACACUUUCUCAUCCUGAAACAUUAUCGGGAGCAGUGUCUUCCAUAAUGUGAAGAAGAAGGUAGUUUUUGUCUACCAGCGUGUCCGUAUCGGAGGCAGUGACCUCCAUAUUUCACUGUAGGGUGGAUGUGAUUUAUUAUCGGGAACAGUGUUUCCCAUAAUGUUGUGUAUAUAAUGUCUGCGUCCGCAUCUUUUGCGGUGCUUGCCGUUCCCUGUCAUGUUGUCGCAACCCCCUAUAACCGUGUCACUCUAGUCGGCUAGUAUUUGAUUUCUACCAGGUGCUGUUCUUCCUCUUGACUAUCCAUAAGGAAUGGAUAGUGUGAACCUGAAACAUCCAUUGAUUGGGUAAAUGUUAAAUCUGAGACUGACCGAUUGUCGUCAAAAGGGUUUAAUGUUUUCACAAAAGAUUGAGACCUGGAUCUUAUUUCCUGUAUGAUUCUGUUCGUAUGACAGUAUCGGUUACACUUAACAUAAAGCCUGCAUUGAAGUAUAAUGCUUUAUUACUUAUAAGCAUGUAUGAGCCAUUUUAUAAUGUCUUAUUCUAAGACUUAUAGUAUGCUUUCUGUUUAUGUAGGACUUUUUUUUUGUUGUCCGGAUCAUUUAUGAAACCAAUCAGAAAACAUUCUUAUGACAAGUCUACAAUGCAUUAUAACCACUGCAGGCUUUUAAUAAAGUGUUACCAAGUUACAUGUUUUUUUUCUUAUUCUCCCUUUUUUGGGGUUGCUGUACAUUCUGUUCUCAUUAGGGGCUUAGGCUAUCUGUGCCUUGUUAUGUUGUGAAUGGUAAUUAAUGUAGAGAAAUCCUGGCGUAAUGAAGUCUUCUCUGUGGUGUAUAUUGUUUUUGCUUUAUCAAUACUUUGCAGACAUCGUAGUUCUUGAUUUAAGAUGUGUGAGUAUAAUUUGGAUGCGUUUUGAAAGUCUCAUUUUGUUAGCUUAAAGCUAGAAUCCGCUGUUGAAACGACAACAAAGGGUGACUUUGUUGUCCUUAAGCCAACUCUUAUUUUCCUUUUACUCUGUGUUAGUAGAAAUGCUGGGGGAUGGGCCUGGAGAAAUGCAACCACUCUUAAAUUCAGAUAGAGCUAUGGAUCCAAGGGCUGACUCCAGGACAUCUAUCAAACUCAUUCCGUGGAGGCCCGCGUGUCUGCAGGUUUCCCGCUCCACACUUGUACUUGAUUGAUUGAAUCAAGGUCGCUAAUUAGUAAAACUCACAUCACCUGGUUAUCUUUGAACUAAAUUGAAACGACAAACCCGCAGACACUGCCCUCUGUGGAAUGAGUUUGACACCCCUGAUUCAUGAUAUCAAAAUGAGAGUUUUAACCAUGUUUUGAGGCUAUACAGUAUUUUCAAUUUUUCUUUGUUUUACAUUGGAGUAAAACAAGCUUAUAUAUUGGGUUCAGAUGGGGUAUGCCAGUUGAACUAAGCUCAUUUAAUAAGGCAUUCAAAAUUGAUAUUCUUGAAUAUUCAAUUGGUGUAUAUACAAUUUUUGUUUAAAUUUAAGUCCAAAAUGGAUGUAGCAACUGCGGAUUCCAGCGUUAAGCCCAAAGUCAUUGUUUUUGAGAGAAGUCUACCCUAUACUAUUACACUCAUAGGUUAUAAACAGGCUUGAUUAUGACUGUUGGAAAAUAACAAAAAAAUGUCUAGAACAACUUCCUAACUUACACAGCAGACAAAGAAUUUCUUAAACUUUUUAUUUAUUUGUUUACGGGACACAAUUUACUGAUCAUAUAAAUAUUUGACCAUCAUACACGUCUGCUCGACAGGUAGACCUGAGUUGUCAUGUCACAUUGGCAGAGUCAAAAUUCCAUGAACCAAAUUGUCAGGGAUUACCACACUGAAAUGGCUAUUUGGCAGUUUACGUUUAACCACUCUAAACUGGAAAGUAUGCUACAAUCAGAUUAACUUUAAAUUAACAUACUGAAUAAAGUGUUGGCCAAACUGUGAUGCCCCACAAAGGUGUAAUUGGUGUAUUGAUUGUUGAAUUAUGAUAGAAAAUGUCCUACAAUGUAUGUUUUUGAGGAUUGGAUUAAAUCGCUUCCCUUUGGUGGGUACUUAAAUAAAUUUUUAAAGCCUGGAAAAACGAUAUGUAGCAUAUUUUGGAAAGACGACUUAUUGGAUGUUGGAGUUUCUUUAGUUUAGGACUACGCGAAAUUGCUUGUCUCCUGUGUUUGCUGCAAUAAAUCAUUACACAGGUG